AUGUCUCUAUUAGGUUUUCACCCAGAUGAGACCACUUCUGGCGACCUGGACAAAGCUAGUAAUGUAUUGCCUUCAAUUCCAAAGGAGCAUCAUAUCAGUGUUGCUCAUUUCUUGGAGUCACGUGGAAUGAUUGAUGAAGCUUUAGAAGUUGCUACAGAUCCUGAUUAUAGAUUUGAACUAGCCAUUCAGCUUGGAUAUUGCACUAGUAGCAUAAAAACAUUGCAGUUGGAAAUGGCUGAAGAUUGUUUGAAACGUGCGAACUACUUAAGUGGUCUGCUUUUGCUCUAUUCUUCUUUGGGAGAUGCUGAAGAGAUAGAAAAACUUGCACUUGUUGCAAAAGAUCCAGAUGCUUGGGUUGUAGCACUCUCUAAGAAUCUCAGCCUGUGGUGGCCAUGGGUUGUUGAGGGUGAUUUUCCAUUAACCACAACUAAAGGAGUUGAAAUGGAAACAUACAAAGAACUUGACCCCACAAUUCGUCUUGUAAUCCUUAAAGAACUAUGUGAAACUGUAUGUUUCCGGAAUGUGAAGCAGAAUGUGUUGAUGGAACGAGAUGUUGAAAGGAUUUCAAAGAAGGAUGUUUUCGGAAGAGUAAAUUCACACUCUUUACCACCUACGGGCAAGGGUGGCGUUUGCUUUACUGGACUUGCAGACCCCAUCCCCGAGUUCACAUGGUGCAAUCUCGUACCCUGCUACUGGAGUAGAUGUGAUGCAUUGACAUUACCCUUCCAACUCUCUACUCAUCAAGUUUAG